ACCAGAGGAGUCAGAGGAGGAGAAUACCUGGGCUGUCGGCACAGCAGCGAAUACCGACAGCCCCACAAAGACAAACACUGAGGGAGCGAUCGCAGACUGCAAACACUCUUCACUUCAACUACAUUACAAGUACGGGGACUUUACUCAGACUUGUCUAGUCUCCACUGUUAUUGACAGAAUGAGCUGCAGCAGUGUUGCAGGUUCAGAAUUCUCUGAGGAGGAGCUGGAGCUCAGUGUUCUGGACCAAGGAGAGGAUGAGGGAAGUCCCAAGGGAUCUUUCCAAGACAGUGAGAGCUCAACCAGCAGCCCAAGUGACCUGGAGGAAGGCCAGACCAAGAAGCGCAAUCGACCAGUCCGCUCCAAAGCUCGGCGAAUGGCUGCCAAUGUCCGUGAGCGAAAACGCAUCAUGGACUACAACCAGGCCUUCAAUGCCCUGCGCGUUGCUCUGAACCAUGACCUCAGUGGCAAACGGCUCUCAAAGAUCGCCACGCUGCAGAGGGCCAUUAACCGCAUAUCAGCUCUCUCCGUAUUCCUGAGCUCCAACCCUCCCUGCAAGCCCUGUACGCACCUGGAGUGCAACAAGGCAACAGUGGGGUCAGCUGGGACGGGAGCCUCUCGAGCAGAACAAACCAGGGUAACGGUUCCUCGUCUGGAGCAUCAGCGUUACAUCCCCUGGCACGCGUCCAUCUCUCACCAGAUGCAGCCACAACAAGGGCCUCAUGUGCAAAGGCUGCCCACGGAGCCACACGUCUACAUGGAUAACACUGUGUCAUCAUGUCCCCCGUCACCACACUAUCCUUGCUAUCCCACUGAGGGUCAGCUUUAUGCCUCACAUGGACACUGCAGCAGCCCCCACAACCACCCGCCCAGUCCUCUACGAUACCCUCAGGUGGGCGAGGGGUUGGGGUACCAGCCGGGGAUGUGGACCUCCUGUACUGAGGGUUACAUUGACACUUUUGUUGAACCGCCUCCCGCUCUGGGGUUUCCAUGGCAGGUGAGCUACAAGCAGGAGCUGGAGCACGGCGUCUCUCUGUGCUCUGACGUACUUUAACAGGUACAUCCACCACUGUGAGCCCUGAAGACUGCUGACAACACCAGUGGACUGUUAAAUGAUCUCAGGGAGAAAAGUGACAUGAGGUCUUUUGAGCUUUCUGCUGUUGCGAUCAGCUCAGUAUUACAAGGACACUCUCUUAUGGUAGAGCAGAGUCAUAUAAAUGUUACUGACAGAUAUGAAUAAGAGUGCAAUGGCAAUCUAGACUGCAGAAUGUCGUAAAUAAUGGCAAAUGUAUUUCACAAUUCAAAAUGUUAAACUUAAAGAAUGUUACGCUAUCUGCUGUAGAUAAUUGACCAACACAACUGUUUUCUAGUUGUUAAAGCUACAAAGGCUGAAUUAUUGAACAUUACUGUGUGAUACCAUAAAAAGUAGACCAGUAGUAGUAACCAAUAGUGAUCCUACAUGUCUGCUUUACUGUUACGUUAUUGUGUCUUUACUAUAAUUUCAAGUAAAUGAAAUAUGAUUACAAUCAUAAGACGAAGUUCAACAUUUGUAAAUGUAUUUAUUCUCUGUAUGGCAUAAAAAAAGGCAUGGCUGUUUUUAAAAUUGUAAAGAGCUUGUACAUCAUUUUCUAAACUUCAGAAUUAAAUGUUAAAAUUAUAUGAUUCCUGUGAUAAAAAU